GGUCCGGUCCGGUGUCAGGAUGGCAGGUCUACCGUUCUGCCUGGCUGUGAUGGCCACCGCUGUCCUGCUGAUCCUCAGAACCGACGCCGCAGGUCAGAACCCGGACCACGUCCUGCAGGGGACGGGGGUGAAACCCGAGGCCCGGCGACCCGGCGAGGACUCCACCAUCGCGCCCGAGGACCUCCCUCGGUUCCUCAGCUGCUACUGCUCCGGGCACUGUCCGGACGACGCCACCAACAACACCUGCGAGACCAACGGUCAGUGUUUCGCCAUCAUCGAGGAGGACGAGCUGGGAGAAGUCCAGCUCACCUCCGGCUGCAUGAAGUUUGAAGGCUCUCACUUCCAGUGCAAGGACUCGCCCAACGCUCAGACCAGGAGGACCAUCGAGUGCUGCACCACAGACUUCUGCAACAGAGACCUGCAGCCCACCCUCCCCCCGCAGGACUCCACAGAGGGAAGCCCCCACUGGCUGGCCUUCCUCAUCUCCAUGACGGUGUGCUGCUGCACGCUGAUCUGCAUCACGGUGGUCUGCUACUACAGGUACAAGUGGCAGAGCGAGCGUCAGCGCUACCACAAGGACCUGGAACAAGAAGUCUUCAUCCCUGCAGGAGAUUCACUCAAAGACCUCAUCCACCAGUCGCAGAGCUCCGGCAGCGGCUCGGGGCUCCCCCUGCUGGUGCAGCGGACCAUCGCCAAGCAGAUCCAGAUGGUGCGUCAGAUCGGCAAAGGGCGCUACGGCGAGGUGUGGCUGGGCCGCUGGAGGGGCGAGAAGGUGGCCGUCAAGGUGUUCUUCACCCGGGAGGAGGCCAGCUGGUUCCGGGAGACAGAGAUCUACCAGACGGUCCUGAUGAGACACGAGAACAUCCUCGGUACACUCAGCUCNGACAUUAAAGGCACCGGGGCCUUCACGCAGCUCUUCCUCAUCACCGACUACCACGAGAGCGGCUCCCUGUACGACUACCUGAAGCUCACCACGCUGGACACGCCGGCGCUGCUGCGACUGGCCUACUCGGCGGCCUGCGGCCUCUGCCACCUGCACACCGAGAUCUACGGCACGCAGGGCAAGCCGGCCAUCGCCCACCGCGACCUGAAGAGCAAGAACAUCCUGAUCAAGAAGAACGGCACCUGCUGCAUCGCCGACCUGGGCCUCGCCGUCAAGUUCAACAGCGACACUAACGAGGUGGACGUCCCUCUGAGCACCCGGGUGGGAACCAGGCGCUACAUGGCCCCCGAGGUCCUGGACGAGAGCCUCAACAAGAACCACUUCCAGGCCUACAUCAUGGCCGACAUGUACAGCUACGGCCUGGUCAUCUGGGAGAUGGCCCGGCGCUGCGUCACCGGAGGCAUGGUGGAGGACUACCAGCUGCCCUACUACGAGAUGGUUCCCUCUGAUCCCUCCUAUGAAGACAUGCUGGAGGUGGUCUGUGUUAAAGGCUUACGGCCCACAGUGUCCAACCGCUGGAACAGCGACGAGUGCCUCCGGGCCAUGCUGAAGCUGAUGUCCGAGUGCUGGGCCCAGAACCCGGCGUCCCGCCUCACCAUCCUCAGAGUCAAGAAGACGCUGGCCAAGAUGGUGGAGUCCCAGGACAUCAAGAUCUGACCGCCCACCUCCUCCUCCUCCUCCUCCUCCUCCUCCUCUGAGAACCACCUCCUCCACCGCCAGAUUCACCCGACACACCGGCCUGGACUAGACCGGACCGGACCGGGCUCCUCCCUUCACCAGGAGGAGGAAGAGGAGGAGCAGCUGGGAGAUGAAUCAGAACGGACCGCCUGAGGGCUGAACUGCCUCCUCCUCCUCCUUCCUCCUCCUCCGGCCUGGAAACAAACCCGGAGUCCUUCCUCCUCCUCCUCCUGGUUCUGCUGAGCGCUGCAGCCGGGUUUGACGCUUUCUGUGAAAGCCAAACGAGACGAUGAACUCGACGAUGACUUCCUGCGGAGGGCGAGGAGGAGGCCUCGCGCCGCCACGUUUUCAGAACGCCACCAUGUUUGUUUUGUUUCCUCUUCAGGACUUCGUUCUCCUGCCAUAUUGAAUAUUAUCUCCACUCUUCACUAGAGUUAAUUAUACAGAAACAGUACGGUACUAUUAUAAUAUGUGAAUUUUAAUGUGUAAAUAAACGUUGCCGUUAGAUGCCGUGCCUACUCAUGAGAAGGUGUAAGAACCAGAACACUAUGCUGCAGUGGUGUCGGCGUCCGGCCCGCUCCUCGGAGGCGCCGACGGGAGGCGGGGGAGUCGGAGACGUCUGCCGUCCUGUUUGUCUGUCUGUCCACUUCCUGCUUCUGUCUGUCUGUCUGUCCGCGAGGAGACCUGCAAAGAGCUGCUGCUGCUGCGGCGGCGCCAAAUCUCAUUGGUGGAGGUAAACAGCAGUGGGCGGAGCUAAACACUAAAUAUCAGGAUGCAGAGAGUCCAACUGAAUCACCGCUAACCCCCAGAAACAGGUCAGAUAGACACAUCAUAGUAAUAAUAAUCCUUUGUGUGAUUUUUGAAGCAGACAUCGUGAAGUUCUUCCAGAUAUUCAGACGCUACAGUUUGAGAAUUUUGCUUUUUGCCCUUAAACAACAAAUGCUCUCAGAUGAAUCGAUGAUGACAUGAAUCGUUGGUUGCAGCCCUGUUGGUCGGAAUAGUCAGUAAGUUUUUAAAAGAAUAGUUCUACUGGACUUUAACACUUAUAAACGUCUCCUAUGAAGCCAUGUAGAACUCCUGGUUCAUCAGAUUAAUGGAAGCAGGAAGUUGACGGAUGGCUGAAGCAAUUAAAAUGUGCUUUUAGAGUUGCAGCUUUUACAAUUAUUAGAAUAAAUUUUAUCUUAAUUUGAUGGUUUUAAUUGUAGAUUUUAAGUAAACUGUGCUUCUAAACAACUAAUAAAAAAAAAGUCCAGUUACUACAAUUAAACUACGAGAAUAACCGUGACCAGGAUCACUGAGCAUCUAAACACUCACAGGCAGCAGCUGUUUUACCAGAUCGUGAACACUAACAAGACGUUAGCUCAUGUUAGCUCACAGAUUAUCUCGUCACAUGAGGUGGUGUUUGCUGCCUCAUCAUCCUGGAUUAAAAGAUACUGGUAAAUUAGGUAGUUAGCUUCUGAAACGAGUACUUCUCCGACACCUGGCACGCUACAAAAACCUUUAGCUAGCAUUUUAGCUCGACACAGCGAUCUUUGGUGUUGUUCUUUUGACAAGAGCACUUUAAAAAUGUUUGUAAAUUUCAUGUUUCUGGAAAUGGAAUUGAAAUAAAUGUAAAAGGGUCCCUCUCAACAAUUACAAGCUAAUUUGAGCUAGCUAGCUAGCUUACAUUCCUCAUUGUUGGCCUGUCCAUAAAUACAAACUAGCAAUGUGUUGUCCUUUGACUCCUCCCACUGAGGUUUAACUCGUCCAAUCAGAUCAUUCUGUUGGUAAAUAUCAAACAGCGGUUACAUUUGAUCAUCCUUCAUUUAUUCCAGAAGAAGAGUCUGCAUUGAGAACCCCGAACUGUCAGCUGGAAGUCUUAAAUACUGUGUGUUAUACAUGUUGGGGGCGGGGCAGCAUGUGAGUGGGUGGGGCUAUGUUGGAGGCUCCGCCCACUACCUAAACUAUAUAAAUCAACUUCGCAAUUUCUGAGAUGCUGACAGCUACAAGCAGUAUAAAUAAAAUAAUAAAAAUGUUGUAAACAAUCAUCAUCUCAACAACUUUUGGUGAGCUAGCUUAUAUUCUUAGCUAGCUUAGCCAGCAUUAGUUAGUAUUUUAUGUGUUUUCAAUAAAAACAUUUGCUAAUUUGUGAAAAAUGUUUAAAAUAAUCUUCAUCUAAGUGGCUUAAAACUUUACCAAACACCACCUGUCACCACCAGCAUCUCAGAAUCUAAAGUUUUUUGUUUCUGUCUCGGGGUAUCUUGACGCGUAGCUUCGCUCCGACUUCCAGCUGGCAGCGAGCGGCGCUUUGACUCAACAGCACUACAGUAAACAGAAGUUCUUUUUAAGUUUAUUUUGGGUGUAUUUACUUCCUCUUUAAGAAUAUUUGGGAAACUGGCUCUGGGGGUGUUUAGCCUAGCUUAGCACAAAGACUGGAAGCGGGUAGAAACUGCUAGCCGAGGUCGCUAUAAGGACAGAAAUGCACCUUGUGAUGACUCAGAAUGUGUCAGAUUUGUUUUAUCUGGUUCAUUGUGGUUUCAGCAGGUUUGUUUCUGUGGAUGUAACGAGGCUAACGGUUUCCCCCUGCUCCCAGUCUUUGUGCUAAGCUAGGCUAACCUACCCCGGGCCUCUAACAUGUUCCUUGAACUCGUCGGCGGCAGGACGACGUGCUCGCGUCGGCUCGGUGUGCAUGUUCACUGUGUGUGUGGAUGACGCUAACGUUCACGCAGUAGCUAUUUAAGAGCAGUAACUUUAGUGUUUUUCUGUGUAAUAAAAGCCCAGUAUAGGAAUAAUCUCCAAUAUGUAAAUCCUAAAUGUGUUUCUUUGUUGUUGUUGUUGUUUUUGUUUUGGUGUUGUUGUUGUUUUGUACAGCAUCUGGUUUGGUGCCUUAUGAGUUUACCAAGGAAAGGAAAAACUCUGUAUACAGUCUGUCCAGUGUACCGAUUUUUAAGUAAAUAACCUUAUUUUAGUACACAAA